UUUUGUUUGACGUUUGAGAUAUAGUUUGACAGAUAUUUAAUUUUUAUCAAUAUUGGCAAGAUUUGAAGAUUGAUCACUUUGUGGAUUUCUACUGAGAAUAAUUUUCAUAAAGUAGCUUGAAAUAACGUUAAAGGUAUGGUAAACUUGGCCGAUACGCUUAUGAUAAAUACGGUGACGGACGGAGCAAUGAAUUUAUUGCGACAUAUUGGCAUCUUUAAAGCGCAACAGCCUACUCCUCAACCAACUCAAAUUAUGGUAAGAAUGCCGCUGUGGCAACUAGCACAAGAGGCGGGGCCCUUUGUGCGCCUGGCCGGGGUGAGUGGUGCUGCCGCUGUAGUGUUGGGUGCAAUGGGAGCACAUCGCACGUUCCCGGAACCCGAAACUAAGGAAGAUUUAAGGAAAAUAUUUGACACAGCCAACCGCUUCCAUUUCUUACACACACUAGCACUAGUUACAGUGCCUCUUUGCAAAAGACCCAUGAUUGCUGGAGCUUUCUUUAUAACUGGAAUGGCACUGUUUUGUGGGACCUGCUACUACCAUGCAUUUACUGGCGACCGUUGCUUCCGGAGGCUUACCCCCAUUGGUGGCUCCUGCCUUAUACUCGGAUGGGUUGCAAUGGUGCUGUAAACCUUUGUGACUAUUUAUAGAUGCUCAUUUUUGUUCAUAGAUGGUCAAGUGUACAUUCUAGCUUAGGAUUAUAUUUUAGAUUUUAUUGCACAGUUCUAUGACUU